AUGAAGCCCACCAACGCAGCACCUCCUGGGGAGCCAACCAUCCUCUCGUCCUCUUCCCCAUCAUCAAAAUCCUCGUCCAUCGGAACAACGCCACCACGGCGGCGGGCUAAAGCAAAAGCAGAGGUGGCAGCAGCUUUACCACCAUGGAAUUCGUCGUCAUUGUCCGCAGCCACUAAAGCAGAGAGCUUCUCAAUCUUCGAUUCAGCACCUUCACCGGAGCUGAUUACAUCAAGGGCAAUCCCUUUUUUUCUUCAAAUUUGCUCCGACAGCCACCAAAUCAUUCUGUUUUUUGAAUUGGGUGGACCUCUCCGCCUGCACUAG